GGGCGCCAAAAUUUGAUCCUGGCGGACGGGCGGGCAUCUGGGAGCGGCUCCGGACGGGGGAUUACAAUCCAGAUACCUUUCUUAGUGCUUCUCAGGGGAAUACUUUGACUGGACCCUUAGAAAAGCUGCGAAGAUGUACAUCAAGUCAAUUGUUCUUGAAGGUUUUAAGUCUUAUGCUCAGAGGACGGAAAUUCGUGACUUUGACCCGUUAUUCAAUGCCAUUACUGGCUUGAAUGGUAGCGGCAAAUCCAAUAUUUUGGACUCCAUCUGUUUCAUUCUGGGAAUCAGCAAUCUGUCACAGGUGCGAGCUUCCAACUUGCAAGAUCUAGUUUAUAAGAAUGGGCAAGCUGGAAUUACAAAGGCAACUGUGUCUAUUAACUUCGAUAAUUCAAACAAGAGUCAAAGUCCGCUGGGAUUUGAAGCUAAUGAUGAGAUCACUGUGACUAGGCAGGUGGUUGUUGGAGGUAGAAGUAAGUAUCUUAUCAAUGGUGUGAAUGCUGCCAACAGUCGUGUGCAGGAUCUCUUCUGUUCUGUUGGACUCAAUGUCAAUAAUCCUCACUUCCUCAUUAUGCAGGGCCAAAUUACCAAAGUUCUAAAUAUGAAGCCACCAGAGAUUUUAGCUAUGAUUGAAGAAGCAGCUGGUACUAGGAUGUAUGAGUGCAAGAAAAUAGCUGUUCAGAAAACCAUAGAGAAGAAGGAGUCAAAACUGAAAAGCAUUCAAACGGUCUUAAAUGAGGAGAUCAGUCCAACUUUAGAGAAACUGAAAGAGGAACGAGCAUCUUAUCUAGAAUACCAAAAAAUAGUACGAGAAAUAGAACAUUUAAGCCGCUUUUGUAUAGCUUAUCAGUUUGUUCUGGCUGAAGAAAAAAAGGUAUCCUCCACUAAUGUGUUAAAGGAAAUGCAGUCUAAUGUAGAGAAGUUUCAGGAAUCAAAGGCUGAAAUUGAACAGAAGGUAAAACAACUUAAUGAAGACAUAGCCGAGAUGGAAAAGGAAAAGGAUAAGGAAGUUGGUGGUAGACUCCGUGCAUUGGAAGCUGCUCUUUCAGAAAAUCAAAGAGUUAAUACAAAAGCACGAAGUGCUCUUGAUCUCAAGAAGCAAAACUUAAAAGCUGAAGAGGUUAAGUACAAUGAAUUGUUAACACGUAUGCAGAAGGAUUCUAAAGCAUUAGUGUCGAAGGAGAAAGAAGUACAGAAUCUAGAGAAAGAAUUAAAUGUUUUACUGAAAGAAAGUGAAAAAGAUGCACAUGCUUUAGCUGCAGCGCAACAGCAUUUUAAUGCUGUGUCUGCUGGCCUGUCCAGCAAUAAGGAUGGUGAAGAAGCUACUCUUUCAGGACAGAUGAUGAUCUGCAAAGAUGAAAUUAGCAAAGCAGUAACAGAGGCUAAACAGGCUCAAAUGAAAUUGAAUUAUGCACAAAAAGAAUUAAAAGCUAAAGAAGCUGAAGUUAAAAAGAUGGAUGAAGGCUACAAGAAAGACCGAAAAGCAUUUGAAACUGUCGAAAAAAUUAAAAUGACCCUAGAGAAACAGAUAAAGGAGCUGAACUAUUCAGAAGAGAAAGGAGAAGCCCUCCUAGCAAAAAAGAAGGCAUUGAUUUCUGAUAUCAACCGGCUAAGAGAACUGAGUGAAAAUUUAAUGGCAAAAUUUCCUCAUCUACAGUUCACAUACAAACAUCCAGAAAAAAAUUGGGAUCCAAACCAUGUGAAAGGCCCUGUUGUGUCUCUUUUUACUGUGAAAGAUCUAUCCAAUGCCAAAGCCCUGGAAGCGGUGGCUGGAGGGAAACUCUAUAACAUUAUUGUGGACACAGAAGUUACUGGCAAAAAGCUUUUAGAAAAGGGUGAACUAAAGCAUCGCUACACCAUCAUUCCAUUAAACAAAAUUUCAGCCAGGUGUAUUCAAGAAGGCACAGUCAAGUUGGCCCAAAGCUUGGCUGGCCGCGAUAACUUGCAUUUAGCCCUUUCUCUAAUUGUAUAUGAACCUGAACUGCAGAAAGCAAUGGAAUAUGUCUUUGGAACAACACUGGUCUGUAAUAACAUGGAUAAUGCUAAGAAAGUGACUUUCGACAAAAGGAUAAUGACAAGAAGUGUUACUCUUGAUGGAGAUGUGUUUGAUCCCCAAGGAACUCUGCAUGGAGGUGCCUCCUCACAGGCUACACCAAUAUUGUCUAAACUUCAAGAAGUGAAAGAUGUUGAAAUAGAACUCAAGAAAAAGGAAUCUGAACUUGUAGCUGUAGAGAAUGAGUUGGCAAGCUUGAAGACUGUUGCUGAAAGGUACCAGCAACUGAAGCAGCAAUUGGAGAUGAAGUCUGAGGAAGCAGAGCUGUUGCAGAAGAAGCUUCAUCAAAGUGCUUACCACAAACAAGAGGAAGAGCUGCUUGACCUGAAGAAAACCAUUGCGUCUUGUGAAGAGACAUUAAAGAAAACUGAAGAGAGCAAAAAGAAAGCAGAAAAAAAAUACAAGGAAUUAGAGAAUAAAAUUAAAAAUGCAGAAACAGAGUGUCUGAAAGAACGGAGUAAUGCGGAGCAGAAACUAGAAAAUGCCAAGAAAAAGGCAGAUGCUUCAAGCAAAAAAAUAAAAGACAUGCAGCAGGAAGUCAAAGCUUUAGUUCUGGAACUUGAAGAGCUGAAGCAAGAGCAGGCCUCCUAUAAACAACAGAUAACAGCUGCAGAGGAAGCAAUCAAAUCCUACCAGGAUCAAGUUGAGGCUAUGGUGGCUGAAGUGGCUACAACAGAGGAAUCUGUAGAGAGAGCACAGAAGGAGCUUGCCAAGCAGAAGGAAAUAAUUGCAUUACAUGAUGAUGCAAUUAAACACAAAUGUGCAGAGAUGAUAAAAUACAGAGAACAAAAUAAUGAAUUACAGCUUAAGGUUAAAGAAUUGGAACACGGCAUCACCAAAUGUCAACAAGAGGCUGCUGAUGCUGCUGCCAAGGUGGCCAAAAUGCUGAAAGAAUACAAGUGGAUAGCUUCAGAAAAAACACUCUUUGGCCAGCCAAACACAGCCUAUGAUUUCAAAAGUAGCAACCCUAAAGAAGCAAGUCAGAAGCUGCAAAAAUUGCAGGAGCAUAAAGAGAAGUUGGGAAGGAAUGUGAACACGAGGGCUAUGAACAUGCUUUCUGAUGCAGAGGAAAGGUACAAUGACUUAAUGAAGAAAAAAAGAAUUGUAGAGAAUGACAAGAUAAAAAUUCUUGCAGUUAUUGAGGAACUUGACCGGAAGAAAAAACAAGCUUUAGAUAUUGCUUGGAAAAAGGUGAAUGAAGACUUUGGUUCCAUUUUCUCAACACUCCUACCUGGAGCCAGAGCUAUGCUAGCAGCCUCUAAAACUCAAAAUGUCUUUGUUGGUAUGGAGUUCAGAGUAGCCUUAGGAAACACCUGGAAGGAAAACUUAACAGAACUUAGUGGAGGACAAAGAUCACUGGUGGCCUUAUCCUUGAUAUUAGCCAUGCUCCUCUUCAGGCCUGCCCCUGUUUACAUCUUGGAUGAAGUGGAUGCAGCCCUUGAUCUCUCUCAUACCCAGAAUAUAGGGCAGAUGCUUCAAACCCAUUUCAGACACUCCCAGUUUAUUGUGGUGUCCUUGAAGGAUGGAAUGUUCAACAAUGCAAAUGUCCUCUACAAGACCAGGUUUGUGGAUGGCGUAUCCACUAUUGCAAGAUACAGUCAGAUUAAAAACAGAAAAAAUGAGUCUGCUCCCAAUAAAGCUGAGAAAACAUGUAGAAUAUUGAAGGAGAUAAACAACAUAGAAAGUUGGGAAGAAAGACCCCGCGAAGUAGGGGUCAUCGAUGUGUAGUAGCACCUUAAGUGUUCCCUUUUUAAGUUUCAAAUUUUUUUCCUAAUUAGAAAAAGUUUUAGCUGUUAGUUCAUACCUGAAGCUUUUGAAGAUCUGAAGUGCAUAGGAAAUAAGUCUGUAACAGUCUGUUCUAUUAAGUAAGCUAGACAAUUUUUGUCCUGCUUCCCUUCAUUCCUUUGUAAUUCCUGUCAUUCCUUUGUAAUAUAUACAAAUAAAUGUAUAGAAGCAGUA